GGCACCCCCCUUGCGUUGCAGCCACGGAUAGUGUCGGCCUUCCGGGCUGCAAGCGCGCUGCUUGCUCUUAAGCCACGGCGGCCGCGAAAAGCGGUUGAUAGCUCAACCCUCAGCGCCAAGGCCGCUGGGAAGCCGGAGGACGGCGAGAGGAUGCUGCCAGCCCUGCCUCCGCGGGGGCACGGCCGCCUCCUCCAGCUCAGCGUGAGGAGAACGGCGAGAAAUGCUCCCGCUGCGCCCGGUGCCCGACGGCCGGCGGCGGGGCCGGCGGGACUCUAUUUCCCAGCGUGCCCCGCGGCCGGUCGCGGAACUGUUUGUUCGGAGCGGCAGCGGUCGAGGGGCGAUGGAGCGCGCAGCGAGGCUCGCUCCGCUCCCGGCCGCCGCCGUCCUCCUGCUCCUGCUCCGCUGUGCCACCGCCGCCUCGCUCGUCCCGCGCGGCCGCGAGCCGGAGCCCAACGAGAGGCCCAUCGUCGGGAUACUGUCACAGGAAUGUCACUUUGAUGAGUUCCACAAAUUCGGAAGUUCGUAUAUAGCGGCUUCGUAUGUGAAGUUCUUGGAGUCUGCCGGUGCCCGCAUCGUGCCAAUAAGAUUAAAUCUUUCAGAUGAAGAAUAUGAUAAAAUAUUCCACUCUAUUAAUGGGGUUCUUUUUCCAGGAGGUGGUGUGGAUCUUAAGACUUCAGAAUAUUCCAGGGUUGCUAAGAUAUUUUACCGCAAGGCAUUAGAGGCUAAUGAUAAAGGAGAUUAUUUCCCAGUAUGGGGAACAUGUCUUGGACACGAGUUGCUGACAUAUCUCACAAGCGGUGAAAUUUUACUUGUUAAUACCAAGACAAAUGGUUUUUCACUCCCUUUGAACUUUACAUCAGCUGCAAAACAAAGUAGAUUAUUCAAGAAUCUUCCCAGUGAUUUGUUACAUGCCUUUGCUACUGAGCCGUUGACAUCAAACUUUCAUGUGUGGAGCAUUUCCAUGGAGAAUUUCACAAAGAAUGAAAAGCUUUAUAAUUUCUAUAAUAUUCUGACCACUAAUACUGAUGAUGAAGUGGAAUUUAUAUCUACCAUGGAAGCAUACAAAUACCCAAUUUAUGGUGUCCAAUGGCAUCCAGAAAAAAAUCCUUUUGAAUGGAAGAACUCAUCAGGCAUUCCACAUUCCUCAUCAGCUGUAAGAGCUGCAUAUUACAUAGCUGACUUCUUUGUUAAUGAAGCCCGGAAGAGCCUGCACCGUUUCCCCAAUGAAGGUGAAGAAACAAAAGAAUUGAUUUAUAAUUAUACUCCGAUUUAUACAGGAACAUUUUCUUCAUUCCAGCAAGUCUAUUUUUUUGAUUGAGUGUCUUGUCAGGGGUGUGGCAUUGCUAUUGGUAAAUAGAAUUAUUUGCCUGCAUUGCAUAAUUAAACUGAUAUAAUGCAGUGCACGUGACAGAAAGACAGAAUAAUUAUCUUAUUUUACAAUAACUUAUCCUGUGUUUCUUCUGUACUGUUGGACCACUAAUCUAAAAUUUUACAUUCUAAAUCAUAAUAGUCUUGGGUUAUACUUUAUUGCUACAGAAAAAUACAUUUUUCUUCUGGAAAAGGUUUUUUGAUUUUGCCUAUGAAUUUGAACAUUUUCAGGGUUAGUACAAGGAAAGCCAUUGCAUUCUUAUUUCAAAAUAUGGAGAUUAUCUCUGUAAAAUAUUGAGUACUGUAAUAGCACUAGACCUUUGGGUAUAUUGUAUAGUAAAAUUCUAUCCUCUUCAAAUGAUUUAACAAAUGAGACCUUGGAUCUUGGGCUUCUAAAUUUGUGUAACCAAGUUCUUGAGAAGGAUUCUUUUGUUAUUUGAAAAAUUGUUCAAAAUUAUAAGUAAACGUGGUAGCAAAAAGACGCAGAAAGGAUGUAUACCUGAUUUCUGAAACUCUGUGUUGUACAUUCAGUGCUGUUCAGAGGGCUUAUACCUCGUGAGUUCUAUGUAAAUGUGAAGAUGCAUUUUAAAUUAGGUGUUGCAAAUAUCAGGUAAAAUAAGUAAGUGUGAAGAACAUAGUUAUGUUCUGUUUCCAAAGAGCCUGUUUGAGUGUAACUGGAAUCAGCAGACAGAUAGGAGAUACACACAAAGAAACAGAGGUCUGUAAAAGAAUGUAAACCUAACUUUUGCUUUAUACACACUCUAUCUUUUUCUGUAGUUGCUGAGUAGAAUUCUCAUUGUAGUUAGUUUUCCAUUAAUUCAGUGAAGACAGUAGUCUGCUUGCGUUUUGGUGGAUAGUUAUUAGUGAAAAUUUUAUGUUGUGUUCAAAAACUAAGAUGAGACAAUCAACUGUAAUUCUACUUUCUUGCACAAUUUCCAUGUGGGGACUUGGAGUUUAUGGAAAAAAAACAGGUUCAUACCUCAGCUCUGUUUUGUGGUACCUUAAACUCUCCAGUACAUCAGUCCAGAAGUAAUACCUCCUAUUUAUUUACAUGGAAAUAACAAUAGAUUGAUACAAACAACAGAACAAUGCUACGAAAUACUAUUUUUCAACACAGUCAUAGUCAUUUGCCGAUUUGCACAGAUGAGCAGAUUGAGAUGCUCUUCCCUUUGUGAUGUGACAGCUGUGCAUGGCCGUCUGGAACAUGGUCUUUCAUAUUGCUGUCACCACUGCUGAAAUGCACCCGCUGCCUCACUAUGCAUUCACUGUUUGGGCUCCGUAAACUUUUGGCAAGAAUUGAUAAAUGUCUAUGGGUGCAAUUUUUUCAGGGAUUUAAUUCCACCCCUUUGCUUCAUAUUUGCAUGUCAGAUGCCAUUUUGUCAGACU